GCCAAAAUGAUUCAGUUUGAAUGAUUUCUUUGUUAUAUGAAGUAAAGGAACCAGAAAAGUUUCACAUUUAAGUUAACUUUGAAGAACUUGUUUGCUACUUUUACGAAGGUAAAGUCAUUGAACGGCACUGCCUUUGGCUGUAACCGUGAUCGUGUGUGUUCAUUAGUCUCAAUGAGAGAUCAGAGAGGAUUAUUGGAGAUCGAUGGAAUACAUUAGGACAUCUACUUAGCUCACUGUGUGCUGUAUGAUUGGAUCUAAACUCCACAAACAGGUCAAAGUCUCCCCCUUUGUCUUCCUUCUGCUGUUUGGUUUGCUUGCAUGAGAUCACACUGUAGUUAAUGAAAGCUGUGUGAGUUACACACAGGUGGGAAUAAGGCUGACAGCAGAUUUGUAGCAAGCACCGGAUGAGGAGAUUCACCUGAAGACAAACUAAUCGAGGAUCAGCCAUGGAGAGCAUGAAUUGUGUGGCUGCUGUCGUCUUUCUGAGUCUUCUCUCUUUGGGACGACCUGCUCCUGUAAACAACUGUGGCAGUCUGGCAAAACCAAUAACACUCAGCAAUGAAGACAUGCUGGGCAGGUGGCUGUACAUCGGGGGGAGCUCUGACCUACCAGGAAGCCGCUCCUUGGGUCACCUGAUGACCAGUGUUUGGCUGGACAUCACUGCCACCGCCCAGAGCAACGUCCUUCAUCUCAUCCAGACUCAGAGAAUAUCCGGGAAGUGUACGAGCUUAACAUACAACGUUACCUUUGAAAACAACACAAUGUUGAUUGAUAAACCUUUCUACCUGAAAGAAGUCUACCUGCCUACCAACUGCUCUGACUGUCUCGUUGUCUAUGAAGAAAUCGCCUCGGGCAAACAAACGUUUACCAGUCUUCUGCUGUUCAGCAGAAGGAAAAGUAUUGAAGCUGUUUUUGUGGAGAUGUUUGAGACACAAGCAGAAUGUCUUCAAAUGCCAUCGCCGAUAAUGACAAACCCAGACUACGAAAUUUGCCCGGACAACAUCCCGCCCUCAGAGGGCCUCAGUGCCCUCAACUCCUUACUUGAGGCAAAAAUGGGACAUCGAGUUGCAAGAUUUCUGGAUACUAUUUUCGACAUGUUUGUGAACUGAUUCGUAUGUAGUUUGGAUUUGUGCCAAUGAGAAAGCCUACAUGUUAUUGUUAUACACUAACAGAAUAUUACAGUAAUAUAAGCAGUGAGAAAAUUGGCAAAUAAAAAUGAAGUCAUUGACUUAUUUUUAAAUUGUUACAACUUUGUUACAAAUACAUAAAGAGACUUAAACAGUUGGGGAGUGUC